GUUGACGUACGAUUUCUCCAGGGUUCAGUCAGCAAUCGGAACCCACGGUAUCUUGAGCUGUUGGGUCGUGCACCAAAACGUAAAGGAUGGGAAUUUCAAUCCCCCCGAACGGAUUAUUGGCACAAAGUAUAUCUCAAGAGAGGUGUAUACCACACAUCCGGACUGGUAGUGCACUCCUCUGGAUUUACGGUGGUCACUGCUUCGACCAGAGAGCCAUCUAUACAGAAACAUCUAUACAGCUGUGUUGAUGUGUCAGCUGCAGAAAAUAUUGGUCGCAUACUGGCAUAUCGUUGCCAUCAAUGUGGUCUCAUUAAUCUAUUCUUCGAUUCUGUCGAAUCGCCCCUUAAUAAUGAAAGCGUAAGUUCCGGAUAA